AUGGCACAGUUUUUCUCUACUAUUUUCUUCACCCACCAACCAAACUGGAUAGAUAUUCAGGCCUUACUGGCUGCUCUUCUGACUCCAGAAGAAAAGAGGUUGGUCUUAGAGAAAGCACGCACAAUAGCACAACACUGUCACCCAGCCAGUGAUGUAGAUAAACUUUGCCCUAAGAAAAAUCAAGACUGGGAUCCCAACACCCGAGGGGGCCGGAAGGAGUUAGAGCUGUAUCGGAAGUUUGUGCUGGCUGCUCUCCAGGAGGCUAUCCCCAAGAAGAAAAAUUUGGCUAAAUUAUAUAAAGAGGAGGAGGAAGGAAAAAUUCCCCCAGAAGUAGAAGACACUGUAGUACCAUGGGUAUGGGCAGGAGAAAAGCCAGAAAGAGCCAAACUGGCCACCCCUGUAAACAUUGAUUUAAAGCCAGAAAUUACUCCGCCCAGGGUGCCACAGUAUCGAUUAAAAAUAAAAGCUUGGAAAGGCCUGGAACCAUUAAUAAAGAGAUUCCUUAAAUAUGGUUUACUUUGGGAGUGUCAAUCAUCUUUCAAUUCCCCCAUUUUGCCUAUAAAAAAACCCCACAGUAAUAAGUAUCGUUUUGGGCAGGACCUCAGAGCCGUAAAAAAGGUCACGGUGACCCUUCAUCCGGUGAUAAAGGACCCUUAUACUUUGCUGACUACUUUGUCUGCAGAGGAACAGUGGUUUACAGUCCUGGACCUGAAAGAUGCCUUCUUUUGCAUCCCACUUAAAAGAGACAGCCAAGAGAUUUUUGCAUUCGAGUAAAAAGACCCAAAUACUAGGAGAAAAACCCAAUUGUGCUGGACAGUUUUGCCUCAGGGUUUUAAAAACAGUCCCACUAUUUUCAACACUGCCUUAAGUACCGACCUUCAGAAGUGGGACAAAGGGACGUCAGGAACCCUGUUACAGUAUGUGGACGAUUUGUUAAUUGUAGCAAAAACGAGAGAAGAGUGCCACCUGCUGACCAUAAGUUUACUAAACUUCCUGGGACAGGUUGGAUACAGAGUAUCUCAAAAAAAAGCCCAGAUAACAAAAAAAAGGGUACGAUAUUUGGGAUUUGACAUCUCACAAGGCCAGAGGAUGUUGGGCCCUAAAAGAAAAGAGGCCAUCUGUCGGAUGGCAGUCCCAAAGACCAAGAGACAGUUCUACACAGAUGGAAGCAGCUUCAUGGACAAUGGAACCCGAAAGGCGGGAUAUGCCGUGGUUACAUCAUGGGAUACCGUGAAAGCAAAUGCCUUGCCUCCAAAUACCUCUGCACAGAGAACUGAGCUUAUUGCACUGACCCGAGCUCUCCAUUUGGCAAAAGGAAAGAGAGCCAUUAUAUACACGGAUUCAAAGUACGCCUUUGGAGUCUUACAUGCCCAUGGAGCUAUAUGGAAAGAAAGAGGACUCUUAACGGCAAGUAAAAGCCCAGUAAAGCAUGGAACAGAGAUCCUGAAAUUACUUGAAGCUGUGAUGGAACCACUAGAGAUAGCUGUGGUACACUAUAAGGCCCAUCAAAAGGGAGAUGCUAAUGUUAUUAAAGGAAAUCGACGAGCAGAUGCUGCGGCAAAGAAAGCAGCUAGAGGACAAGUUCAGGAGACUCACAUGUUGGCAUUGAUGCCUCAGGUAGUGUUACCUGAGGGACCUCCCAAAUAUACUAAAAAAGAGAAGCAACUCGCAGAGAAAUUGGGAAUCAAAGAACAACAAGAUGGAUAG